UAUACUUCUUACCCAAAAUGUUUGAGAAUACACUGCUCAUCAUCAAGCCGGAUUACAUGCACAAGCGGCGGCCAGUGCUCCUUAAGCUGCUGUCCGAGGGAUUCCAGCUGCAAGGCAAUCGCAAGCUUUCCUUUUCACCGGAAUUAGCUGCUGAGUUUUAUGCAGACUAUGCCGAUGAGAAGGGUUUCAUGCUGGAGGUGAUUCUGCUCUCCAAAGGGAUCUCGGAGGCCUUCAUUGUUACCAAAGAGAAUGCCGUGCAGGAUUUGCUGAAUAUCAUGAUUUGUUACUUCGGUUCGUGCUCGGAUCUGGAACGAAAUAUUCAUGUUACCAAAAAUAGCAAUUGCGUGGCUCGCGAGAUUAACUUUAUAUUUCCAAAUUACAUACAUGAGCCACAUGAAAUGUUCGAUCGGAAAAACUUCUGCACUCGCCCGAUGCUAAAACCCCUACUCGAGGAGAUCUACGACAUUCUCCAGAACGAAGAUUGCAGCCAGGAUAACUGGAAGGUUCGCGUGUCCGACUAUUUGGUGCGCAGCAAUCCAACGGUGCCACAGAUAACCAAUCAGUGUCAAGUGCGACCGGAAACGGGCAUCCAGGAAAAGUCGCAGCAAACGACCAUGACCUAUGCCCCCAAGCCGAGUGCAGCGGGUGUGCCACCCCGCGCAAAGAAGACCGAGAGCACCAGCUCUCCUCUGUCAUCCACUUCACCACAUUCAUCCAUGCUGCUGUCCAGCUCAUCGUGUGUCACCUGCGGAGGAUUUGAGAGGACGGAACCCGGUAUCUCGGAACUUGAUCUCAAUAAGCGCGUGGAGCCGCAUGACGCUGAAGAGAUCUGUGUGGACGAGGAGAUCCUCUGGAGGGAGGUUGUUGUGUACGAGGAGAUUCAGCCCGAAGAAGAGGAGUCCAGGGAGGGACACCUUGACCUCGAGGGUGAAGGAGAGGGCGGGCCUAGUGCCUCGGAUGUGGAGUCGGACCAGAGUGCCAACGAACCUCCACGGCCCCCAAAGGAAGAUGAAGGCUCUAGUGAAGAGGCUCCUGCUCCAGCACCAGCACCUGCUGAAGAAGCAGCUCCACCGGCACCUGAUGCAGAAGCUGUUCCAUCUCCUCCUCCAGCUCCUGAACCGGAGCCAGCUCCACAAGAAGCGGCUCCGCCGGCAGAGGAGGCUCCUGCUGCCGAAGAGGCUCCGGCCGCCGAAGCGGCUCCUGCUGCCGAAGAAGCUCCUGCCGAAUAAGCUUAUUUGACCUUUGCACCUGUUGCCACACAGCGUUUGUUUGUUUAUUGAAGCAUAGAAAAAAUGGCCCCAGAAUUCGCGCAAUUUUUUGCAGCAUCCCAGCGGCAACACGAACCACUGCAUCGCCCCACCCACAGCAACACCUUCGAAUGCGCACUCUCAGAAUUAGGAAGGAGGAGGUUCAGCACUGCCCUGCAGUUUUUUUUUUUUUUGUUUCCACCCGGAAAGUGCAGCGACAUCAACAGGAGGAACAGCCACGGCAGCAACAGCUUUUGGCCCUAUUGCAAAAGCAUAGGCCAAGUUUUUUUCUCUCCCUUC